UACAAAUUACUCUUUCUCUUUCCUUUUUCUCUCUCCUCUUUUUCUCUCUCCAAAAUCGCCGUCAAAUUCGGGAGAAUCAGAAUUUUACCAGAGUACCAAAAUCGGGAGAAUUUAAUUCCAAAAAAUUAUCAUAAUAAUCAUAAUUUUCUUACAUAAAAAAAUUUAAUUCAAAUUUCUUUGACCAUAUCCUUUUAAUCUAAGAUCAUCAUCAUCAUUGUCAAUUUGUCAUAGUUUUUGGUAUAAUUUUGGAAAAAUUAUCGUUUGGAAUUCUGAAAAUUUCAGCUCCCUUAAAUUUUGGAAUCUUUCAAUUUCUUCUCAGCUUUCUCUCUCUUCCUUAAAUUAGCAAUUUAGCACCGACAAUUCAGGUCACUUGAAAUUUCUCCCCCUUUUUCUGUGAUCUGGAUUUUUGAGCUUUUUUGAGGCUCCGGUGAUGCAAAAUUGCUCGGAAAAAAAUUGAUCGGAAAUUUCUGAGAAAUGUCGGGACCUCUUGAUCGAUUUGCUCGCCCUUGUUUUGAGGGAAUCUCUGGAAGUGAUGAGAGAAGGGAAAGAAAAUCUGAUUUUGAGAAUUCAGAGGAUGAGAGGAGGUCAAGAAAUUGGUCCUUGAAGAAGAAAGCAAUAAACGCAUCAACCAAAUUAAAACAUUCCCUUAAGAAAAAGAGCAGCAGAAGAAAAAGUGAUGGACGUGUCAGCUCAGUUUCUAUAGAAGAUAUCCGUGAUGUAGAAGAGUUGCGGGCUGUUGAUGCAUUUCGACAAGCGUUGGUAUUGGAAGAACUUUUACCUGAUAAACAUGAUGAUUAUCAUAUGAUGUUGAGGUUCCUUAAAGCAAGGAAAUUUGACAUUGAAAAAGCAAAAAGCAUGUGGGCUGAUAUGAUCCAGUGGAGGAAAGAGUUUGGUGUUGAUAAUAUUGUGCAGGAAUUUGAGUUUAAAGAGAUAGAUGAAGUCUUGAAUUAUUAUCCCCAUGGCUAUCAUGGUGUGGACAAAGAAGGAAGACCUAUUUACAUUGAAAGAUUAGGAAAAGUUGAUCCAAACAAACUUAUGCAAGUAACUACGAUGGAUCGUUACAUAAAAUAUCAUGUCCGUGAAUUUGAGAAAGCCUUCUCAAUUAAGUUCCCCGCAUGCACCAUUGCUGCAAAACGACACAUAGAUUCAAGCACUACAAUCUUAGAUGUUCAGGGCGUGGGUUUAAAAAAUUUCACAAAGUCUGCUAGGGAACUUGUAACACGUCUGCAGAAGAUUGAUGGUGACAAUUAUCCUGAGACCCUUUACCAGAUGUUCAUUGUCAAUGCUGGUCCAGGAUUUAGGCUUCUGUGGAGUACUGUGAAGUCUUUCAUAGAUCCGAAAACUACCUCAAAGAUUCAUGUUCUUGGCACCAAAUUCCAGAGCAAAUUACUUGAAGUAAUUGAUGCCAGUGAGUUACCAGAUUUUCUUGGAGGCACUUGCACUUGUGCUGAGCAAGGGGGAUGUAUGCUCUCUGACAAGGGACCUUGGAGAACUCCUGAGAUAUUAAAGAUGGUUCUUAAUGGGGAGCCACGGCGUGCAAGGCAAGUUGUUAAAGUGUUGAGCAGUGAUGGAAAGGUUCUUGCUUAUGCUAAACCUCAGUUUCCAAUGUUAAAAGGAAGUGAUACAUCUACUGCUGAGUCGGGAUCUGAAGCUGAAGAUAUUGCUUCGCCUAAGGCAGCAAUGAAUUAUUCGCAUCUGAGGUUGACUCCUGUUCGUGAAGAGGUCAAGGUCACUGGAAAGACAGCCUACGCUGGUAGUUAUUCGGGCUAUGAUGAAUAUGUACCCAUGGUGGACAAGCCCGUUGAUGCUGGCUGGAAGAAGCAAUCAUCCAUUCAGAGACCUUUUUCUUCUAAAGCGACACUUCCAUUGCCAGAUGCAAAGAAGACUCCAAAAGGAAUCCGAGAUCGUGUGAUGAUGGUUGUCGUGGCUUUCUUCAUGACUUUACUCACAAUUUUCCGCUCAUUGGCUGGUCGUGUGACUAAAAAGUUACCUGAUGCAUCUCCUAUUGAUGAACUUAAUAUCAAAGACGUCACCUUAGAUACAGUUCCACAGGAAUCUCGUCCCCCUUCUCCGCCUCCAGCAUUCACUGAAACUGAUCUGAUGUCCAAUGUACUGAAGAGGCUGGGUGAGCUUGAGGAGAAAGUUGGUACACUUCAAUCAAAGCCUUCUGAAAUGCCAUACGAGAAGGAAGAAUUAUUGAAUGCUGCUGUAUGUCGCGUGGAUGCAUUGGAGGCAGAGUUAAUUGCUACUAAAAAGGCUCUACAUGAAGCUCUAAUGAGGCAAGAGGAGCUGCUUGCUUAUAUUGAUCGUCAAGAAGCAGCCAAGUACCAGAAGAAAAAGUUUUGCUGGUGAGCGGAUGCAUUGAAAGAAGAUGAAACGGGAACGUUGAUGAUAACAAGAGCUGAGACAUUUUCUUAACCUUACCUUUUCUAUAUGUAAAACUAUAUCUACUUCAUAUUUGACAAAAUGAACUACUGCCCGCAACAAUGUAAAGAGAUGCAGAAAAUGUGUAUGUAGAUUUCACAGCCCCCAGUUCCAACUAAGCGGAGGGUUGAAAAAGAAUUACAUAAUGUUUUCUGAAAACUUGCGUGUGUGUUUAUUUCGUUUUAAAUACAAUCCAUCGGACAUCCAAUAUCGUUGCUAUGUC